AGGUAAGGCCAGGGACACUCUGAAGCCUAUAAUACAGGGGUCCUUGCAUCAGGUCCUUCUUCAGUCUGAGUCACUGUCUGUGAUUUCGACAACCCCACUGCACUGGUUGAGAAGUGCCUGUUGAUGCCAUAGUUACACGUUAUUCAGUGGUCCCUUUGGCAGCCGAGUUUUUUCUACAAACUCAGCACCCUCUUCAUCAUUCUUGUAUUUUAAGUAUCUUUUUGCAGGGAAGGAAUUACUUCUUAGAGUGGAGUUGAAAUUUGAUCCCAUAUGGCGUACUAGUUAAGGGCAUGCUAGCUGCUGUAACAAGCAAAUCUUCACAUUUCAGUGACUUAACACAGUGGAAGUUUUUUUCACUCAAUAAUGCAAAACAGGUGUUAAAUGAGUGGUUCUUCCUGUGGGCAAUUUAGAGACCAGGCUCCUCUUCUCUGUGGCUCUGCCAACCCCCAGGAGCCCUUUUAAGAGAAGCACAGAACUACCACUCAGAUUCCACUGGCCAGAAUUCAGUCACAUGGCCACACCUGACUACAAGGGAUGCUGGGAAAUGUAGUCCAGCUGUGUGCCUAGGCGGAAGAGGAAAUGGGGGAAGUGAACAGUCAGCCAAUCUUCCCACAGCGAACCACAGACGAUAGCCCCUGCGACGCCAUUAAACGCCCUCCAGCAGAUGGAGCUCUUUGAAAGCCUACCCAUUAGAACUCAGUUCUGUGUCUGUGAGCUGCAAAGCAAAUCUCACUUCUAUGCUCCCUGUACCUGGAACAGGAGGACUGGCUUGGAGGCCCAUUUAUUCAUUUAUUUAGCAAACAACUACAGCGAUGCGUAAGACAUGCUUCCCGUUCUCUGGGGGCUUUCUGUGUUUCUGGAGCUAACAGACUCAGGAGGAGAACUGCUGAACAGGGGGAUGACGCCAGAAGCCCACUCCAUGCACCUGUGGAGCAGGAGGUUGCCUCGGAGUUUCAGCUAAAGACCCACAGCUGAGAUCAGCUCACGAAAAGCCUCUUCACGUUCUCAGCAGGGCACUCUGCCUUCUCUCUCCAGGGCUCACCGAGAAAGGCCAGACCUCUGACCCUCACCACCUUCGACCCAUCCCACUCUUCCAAGCAGGUGCCAGGCUCUGGGAGCUGGAGCUUAUGCACAGAUGAGGAAACUGAGGCUCAGUGUGCUGGACUGACAUCCGAGAGGCCCUGAGCCAGGACGGCUGACUCCAGGCUGCCCUGAGCCUCUGGCUGCUCACAGCAUUGGUACCUCAGCCUCAUGCCUCCUGGGACCUGGCUACCAAGGUGUGGCCACAUCAGUGACAUGUGCAAGUCCAAGAAGUAGCAAAAAUUGGUACUCCUGGAGUUCUGUGAGCUGCUUGUGGAUGACCAGAUGCCUUAGGGCCACGUGAGCUGCCUCAGAGGAUACACUCCUGGUGGCCAGCAGCUGCCAAGCAACUCACAUGUGCUGGGUGGGCUCCCACUGACGCUCCUGGGAGCCCAGUCCACCAGCCUCCCCACCUGGCGUCCUCCUCGGCAGCCCGCCCAAGCCAUGGAGGCCCCGGAGGUCCCCGUGGGCUCGCUGAUUGACUUUGGGACUGAGCCAUCUGCCUCCUCGCCUCUGGAGACGCUGCCACCAAAGCUGCAGGAUGGGGACAGCUCCCAGGGUGACGGUGCUUCAGAGAGUGAGACCACGGAGUCAGCAGACAGCGAGAACGACAUGGGCGAGUCACCCUCACACCCGUCCUGGAACCAGUACCGCCGCUCCUCCUCCAACGAGUCCUUCUCCUCCAACCAGAGCACCGAGUCGGCCAAGGACGAGGAGGCCCUGGAGCUCAGGGAGUUCAUGCGCAGCUACGUGGAGAAGAUCUUCUCCGGGGGGGAGGACUUGGACCAGGAGGAGAAAGCCAAGUUUGGCGAGUACUGCAGCAGCGAGAGUGGCAAAGGCCGGGAGUGGUUUGCUCGAUAUGUGAGCGCCCAGCGCUGCAAUUCCAAGUGUGUCUCAGAGCCGACCUUCUACCGCCUGGUGCAGUCUUUUGCAGUGGUCCUGUUCGAGUGUCAUCAGAUGGAUGACUUUGGGCCUGCCAAGAACCUCAUGACCAUGUGCUUCACUUACUACCACAUCGGUAAACCACACCUGCUCCCCUCAGAAUCCAAGGAGAAGCCAGCAGGGAGCAUCGACUCCUAUUUGAAGUCUGCCAACAGCUGGUUAGCGGAGAAGAAGGACAUUGCCGAGCGGCUGCUGAAGAAUACAUCGGCCAAGACGGAGAAUGUCAAGGGUUUCUUUGGGGGGCUGGAGACCAAGCUGAAGGGACCCAUGGUCAAGAAAAAUGAGGAGGACGAGAGCAAGCCCAAGGACAAGCCGCAGAAGACCGUGACCGUGUGCAGCCCAGAGGAGGAGAGGAAGGGGGAGAAGAUCUACCUGUACACGCACCUGAAGCAGCAGCCCAUCUGGCAUACGCUGAGGUUCUGGAACGCAGCCUUUUUCGAUGCCGUCCACUGUGAGAGGAGAAAGCGGUCCCCCACAACCAGGGAGAAGUGGUGCCACAUGACCCAGGAGGAGCGUGACGAUAGCCUGCGGUUCAACGAGAACAUCACCUUCGGGCAGCUGGGCACAUUCACUCACAACAUGCUGGCAUUUGGUCUGAACAAGAAGCUGUGCAAUGACUUCCUGAAGAAGCAGGCUGUGAUCGGCAACCUGGACGAAGAGCAAUACAAGCUGCUGAGCGACCACAUCGAGCAGAUGGCCACUGAGUAGGCACAGGAGGGCGCCUGAGGCACACCUCCGGAGGACCGAGGGUGCACGCAGCUCUCCUUGGCCGGCGAUUGACCGUGACCCCACCCAAUGACCCUGCAUGACACCGGCAGCACCUAGAGCCUCUCCACGCUGCCUCAGAACUAGCAGUUAGAAGACUCCGGUUGCCUUUUCUCCCCAUCUCCCCUCUGCCUGUGUCUGCUCCCCCAUCCACAUGCCAAAGUGUCCCUGGGAUUACAUGGCUAAAAUGAGGUGACUGUCCAUACCCCCAAGUGUCAGGCCUGUGACAUGGGACUGAAGGAAGAGAGGGAAGGAGGCCAGGGCCAGGGUGGGCACAGGGCACUGUCUGCCCGCAGCCUCCUGCAGGAGAGAGAGGGUGGGGUGCUCAUGGGAAUGUAGAUAAGGGCACACAUCGAUGACACGGGCAGUCGUGGGUGAUGAUUUGGGGCCCUCUGCUUCAGGCUUGGGACGGGUAGACUCCCACAGUCAGGGCUCCUGCUGAGUGGCGGUGUGCAGAGGUGGCAGUGGCCCUCUCGGUGUUGGUCCACGGCUGGUGCUGGCUUUUUCCUGGUUCCCCACCUCCAUGUGACAGGAACUGGAGUCACAGGAACCUUGAGGAGAGAUGCCUCCUAUUUUAGAGAAAGAGACUGGUGCAGAGGACAUUCCUUCCUGGAGGCCGAAGGCCUGGCCGCAGUUGGGUGUGGCAUGCCCUGAGGACAUCUCUGUAUUAGUCACACCUGGCACCCAGGUGUCUGUCAGACCCUCUGAAACAUUCCUGGUCAGCUGGAAGCUUCCUCCUAAAGCAGAAAAAUUCCCACCACUCAUUCCCUAGGAGUAGCAUCAGGCUGGCUGUCCCAGGAAGGAGCACAGAAAAGAAGUUUCUUCAGUAGCUGCAAGACAGCCGUCCUUUUGCAAAGCAAAUAGUGCUGCUCUUUACUUCAAAAAAGACAGAAAAACCUGUGUCAGUAUUAGAGACAGCUGGGCACAGGCGGCUUCUGGUGGCAGUUGUGCGAGGCUCUUUAGCGGAGUGCCUUUGGGUCUCCACCACCCGGCAGCCUUGGGAUGACACCUUUACCUUCCGCAGCCCAAGCCCUUCGAGAUCUUUCCUGCAGACUCCGCAGAUAGCCCCUCGUCUCUCAUCCGGUGCCUGGGAGGCGUGGCUCUUCUCCCUGGUUUGUCGCCAGGGGGACCAGCCCCCAGGGCACUGAAGUCUGAUCCCCAAGCAUCCAGCAUGCUGGCUCCUCUGGUAUGAAUAUUUCACCUGGUUCCCUCUGCCUCCCGCCCAUCGCUCUUGGGCACUGACCUUGAAACAGGCCCAUGGGGGUCUCUUCGCCUUUCAUUCUCCCGUCCUGUUUCCCCUUCUCCAACUCGCAAUCACAUUACUUUACUGUCUCCUCUUGAGCAUGGCAAAUACAUGCCUGAUAGUCACUUAUCCAACCAGUGCUCAAAAGGGUUCCCUGGUGGACUGCCUCCCCGGAAUGUUCCUGAGAAGAACAGGUGUUGGUUGAGCCACUGAGUGCCCAUCUGAGCAGUCGUAAGGGAGGCGCCAUGAAAUGGUGCAGCCUGAGUGCACAGUAUGAACUGUUGUCAGCAGGAGAGCUGUAGAGCAGGGCUUCGGAAACCCCGUUCGUUUUUUGAUGGUGGUGAGAGAGAGUGUGUGUGUGUCUGUGUGUGUCUGUGUGUGAGAGAGAGACAGAGACAUGUCAGGCUAUCUGGCGAUGUCACAAUAAACAAAGCACGGCUGUGUUGCCGGUUUGCUUGCUGCGUGCCAGGACAGGUCACACAGGCUGUAGUGUGCCCCCAACCCCAUUGUGGGGCCCCAGUGAUGGUGCAUGUCUCUACUGAAUGCAUUUCAGAGAAAGAAUGUCAAAUCAAUGGGUCUUUGGGCACCCCGUUUUCCAAUGCCUCCUUCAGAUAAUGCACCCCCAUUAAACAUUCAGCCACGACCCGGAUGCAUUGUGCUCCCUUUCCCUUUCUGUAGAAUCAGGGCCACACCAGGUGGCUCGUCCGAGGCUCCCACAGAGCUGCCAUGGAGGCCCCCCCUUUGCCUUGCCCUCGUCGGCUUUCUGGGUCAUUUCUUAGUAGUUAGUUGAGAUGCAUUAAGACUUCAAGGUGCCCGAAAGACCUAACCUUGUAUAUAUAAGAUUUUUUGUGUAGAAGUUUUGAUUCGGUCUGAUUCCUAGAGAAAGAAAAGUGGAUUCAGAGACUUUCUGUGGGGGCGGGAGCACACAGUCUUUGGAAGGAGAUGCAGCUUCAACUUCUUUGGGCUUUUCCAAGCACUUUAACUUCACAAAUGACCUGGAGACUUUUUUUUUUUAAUAGGCCUCGAGAUAGCAAUUGGUGGAAGUGAGGGUCGCUUUGGUUUUUCCCCUCUCGCUCCUUGUUCUCCUAGACCCCGCUCCUCAGAGUGGAGUAAGUCUGACCCCAGGGCGGCUGCCUGUCAUGCUCCGCCUCACGAGCGGAUGCUGGCAGAGACGGGCCUGCCUUGCUGAGACCAGUGCCAAGGGGACAGGAGGCCACCCUGUCUCCCGUUGACAGCUGCCUUUGGCUGAGCAUUUCGCCUUAGAGUGCCUCUGGCCAAUGUCACCUGGAGGAGCACGGUGUCCCUGGAAGGGGGCUGGCAGCUUGCCGCACUGAUAUUUCCUACCUCCUCCCUGUGACAUCGUCUCUUCCCUCCGGGGCGUGGCCAGAACAGAUGUGAGUGGGCUCUGGUGGUGGGCAGACACAGAACACGCUCUCAGAGGUCCCGGCGUGUGGAGCUGUCUGACCCUGGCGCACACACAUGACACUGUGGGCAAAGAGAGCUCUGGUAGCCCUUCCUGUAAACUCAGGAACCUUAGACUCUGUGCAGGAAGCAACAGAUCAUAUCCAAGAAGAGUUUUCAGUCCCAGCAGGUAGAGUGUCCCAAACCAGGAGCUUUGAAGGCCUGUCACUGGCAGUGGCAUUUUAGAUUUUAUGUUGUCUGUCCCUCAGGGCUAUGUGAAUCAUAGUGAGCCAAAAGACAGUUAAUUCUCUCAAGUAAAAGUCUCCUGCUUAGAAAAAUGGGAUGAUGCUGAGAUUGUAUGAUUUUAACCUUUGUUGUAAUUUUAGCAAUAUCGAUGGAUGUUUAAGAGGGGCUAUGUUAAUAUUCAGA